AUGGAAGAUCAAAUGGUCGCCUUGCAUGGUCCAUUUUCAAUCAUUGGCCGUUCACUUGUUAUUCAUGAAAGAGCUGAUGAUCUUGGUAAAGGGAAUUCGGAAGCAAGUAGAACCACUGGAGAUGCUGGAGCGCGAAUUGCUUGCGGACUUAUUGGUAUCAUAGAAGAAGCUGAUCAUCCAUUAACAAAUUCAUUUUCAUCCAACACGGCGUCAGGAUGGAAUUUGGCAUUUAUUGUUGUUUAUGUCGUUGAACAAUAA